AUGGCAAAGAAAGAUAAAAAAGUAAAAAAGAAAGCUCAGGACGAUCACUGGAAGGAGGAACCCGCCGAAACCAGCACACCACCUACAAACCCUGAACCUACGAAUUCAAGUGCUGCUUCCUCUUCCAUCAUAACUCCAAAAUACGACGGCUCACAAGACAUUCCCCCGGUUAUAGAGGAUGACGAGUUCGGUGAGCCUGACGACUGGGCAGACGAGUUCGCGGCAGACACCAAAAAAGAUAAGAAAAAAGGAAAGGAAACGGACAAUAAUGACAUUGCAAAAUCUGUAGCUGUAGAAAAAUCUAAAGAUACUGCUGCAAAGGAAAAAGAUAAUAAACAAGUAGACGAAGAAAAAAAGCCUAAAAAGAAGGCUCCUAAUGUUGCUGCACUGAGAGCGGUUCUUGAAGCCCAGAGGGCAGCUGAAGAGGAAGCGCGUCGACAAGAGGAAGAAGAGAAAAAGCGUAUUGAAGGUAAUAAUAUAAAAUCAGGUUCAUCGUUGUUUAUCGAGCUUCAAUCUAAAAUUAUAUUUGCAAAGAAAGAACAACUGAAAAAAGAAGGGAAGCUCUUAACAAAAGCCCAAAAAACAAAACAACAGCAAGCUCAAUUGCGUAUGCAACAAAUGAUCGAGUCUGGUCUCAAAGUAGAAGGAUUAGCCGAAAAAACGGACACGAAACCCAAAAAAGUCGUUUAUAAUAAUAAAAAGAAAAAAGGGUCAGCAACUACAAAACAGGCUGAGGAUGAACAAAAGAAAGAAGAGGGGAAACACGAUGUAGUUGAGAUUCCUGAGAAACAUGAUGUAGUUGAGAUUUCUGAGAAACAUGAGGAACCGGCAAUAGCUUCAAAGGAAAGUUGGGAGGAUAAAGAAACCUCUGAAGAGGAAAUAGAAAAAAAAAUACCAAAAAAAGCAAAAGAGAGUUCAGUUAAAGAGAGUUGGGAAGAAUCAGAAGAUGAUACGAAGCCAAAUUUGAAAGAUGAAUCUGAAGAAGACACAAAGACUCUGAAAGUCAAUGGGCCUAAAGCACCCGCUCCCAAAGUCACUCCUAAAAAAGCCGAAGCUCUCAAUACCAAAAAGACUACUCCUACCGCUACCACCACUACGAAAUCAACACCUACAAAACAAGAGUCAACGAAGGCUGAAAAGAAUACAGUUGAAACUGAGAGUGAAUCAGAAGAAUCUGAAUCUGAGAGAACAGACGAAGAUAGCGAGGAUGAAUCGGAAGAUAGUGAAGAUUUGACAGAGACACAAAAACAGGCAUUGAAACGUCAACAAGAAGCCGCUGAACGACGAAAGAAACGUCAUGAAGAAGCUCUUGCUGCUCGCUCUAAAGAUAAUCUCCGAUCCCCCAUCUGCUGUAUUUUAGGGCAUGUCGAUACAGGCAAAACUAAAUUAUUGGAUAAAAUCCGACAAACUAAUGUGCAAGAGGGUGAAGCUGGUGGUAUUACCCAACAAAUUGGACGGGAAACAAGAAUACAAGCUCCCUGGCCUUUUGCUAUCCUUGUUGUAGAUAUUAUGCACGGUCUCGAGCCUCAAACUCUAGAAUCUUUAAGAUUGUUACGUGACCGUAAAGCCCCAUUUAUCAUCGAUCGUAUAUACAAUUGGAAACCAAUUCCUGACAAUGCUUUCCAAGACUCUCUAUCGGAACAAUCAAUAAACGUGAAACGCGAAUUUGAAAAUCGUGUGAAAGAGACUAUAAUAGCUUUUGCAGAACAGGGUCUUAAUGCAUGCUUGUACUACGAGAACAAGAACUAUGCAAAAAAUGUUUCUCUUGUUCCGACAUCUGCUAUCACUGGCGAAGGUAUUCCCGAUAUGCUUAUGUUACUAGUGAACUUGACGCAAACAAGGAUGAGUGACCAGUUAAUGUAUUUAUCGGAACUGGAGUGUACUGUCUUGGAGGUUAAAGUGAUUGAAGGUCUCGGCACCACAAUUGACGUAAUUCUAUCUAAUGGCGUCUUAAACGAGGGCGAUCGAAUUGUCCUGUGUGGUUUGAACGGGCCAAUUUCCACUACCGUUCGGGCGUUACUCACUCCACAACCAUUACGGGAAUUACGUGUCAAAUCUGCAUAUGUGCAUCAUAAGACAGUCAAAGCUGCUCUUGGUGUAAAAAUUUCGGCUCAAGAUCUUGAAAAGGCAAUUGCAGGCUCUCGUCUGAUGGUAGUUGGCCCUGAUGAUGACGAGGAUGAGGUCAAAAAUGAAGUAAUGGCCGAUUUAAAAAGCUUAUUCAGCGCUAUUGAUAAAUCGGGAAAAGGUGUAUGUGUACAAGCGUCAACUCUAGGUUCAUUAGAAGCCCUAUUGGAAUUCUUGAAAACUUCGAAAAUCCCGGUUUCGGGCAUCAAUAUUGGGCCUGUGCACAAAAAGGAUAUAAUGCGUGCAGCGACAAUGUUGGAGAAAGCUAAAGAGCUGGCUGUUAUUUUGUGUUUUGAUGUAAAAGUUGAUAAAGAAGCACAAGAAUUGGCCGAAGAGAUGGGUAUAAAGAUAUUCCAGGCUGAUAUUAUAUAUCACUUGUUUGAUCAGUUCACUGCAUAUAAUAAGGAUAUAAUGGAGCAAAAGCGAAAAGAUCAAGCACCUCAAGCCAUUUUCCCAUGUGUCCUCAAAAUUAUACCUGGUGCUAUAUUCAAUAAGCGAGAUCCUAUCAUAAUAGGAGUAGAUGUAGUUGAUGGUGUUUUGAGAACAGGAACUCCCAUUUGUGUUGUGAAAACUGAUCCAGCUACUAAUGCACGAGAAACAAUUGGUCUUGGCAAAGUGGCCAGCAUAGAACAAAACCACAAAGCAGUCGAAGUAGUAAAAAAAGGUCAGGUUGGUGGCGGGGUGGCUAUAAAGUUAGAAUGCCCGGUUUACGAGAGUCCAAAGAUGAUUGGACGGCAUUUUGUCGAGACUGAUGAACUUUAUAGCAAGUUCGAUUUAGUUCAAUCUAAUUCUGAUUUUUAUUGUAGAUAUCGCGACAAUCGAUCGAUGUCUGUAAAGAGAGCUUCCGAAAUGAUUUAUCAAAAGAAGAUUGGCAUCUGA